AUUACCUAGCUAACUAGAAUAAUCCUUGUACACAAGUCAAAGGGUGAUAGUAAUUAAGAGAUGAUCGAGCAAUAUUAUGGAAUAUGAUCAUGAUGGUAACAUUUCAUCCGACUGGUGUGUUUGGUUGAUGACUGAUCAUCAUCGAUGGCUUGGGUAGAUAAGUCCAAAGUGGGACCAAACACGGCCUACAGAGGAUUAUUAGUUAUAUAUAUAUACAUACUAUAUGGAGGGAGAAAACAGAAGAGACCCCACAAACCCUGCAUGUGCAACACGUGUACAGUCAGAAACAUCCCGCUCCAUCUCUGAUAUAUUGUAUAUGUAGAAGAAAAAAAAAAAAAGAGAAAAGGUUCUAUUAUAAGGCAUACAAUUGUUACAGGAGGAGAUACUGCAACUUUUCAGGCCCUUUCCCAAAAAUCGUAACUGGGCCACUCCCUCCAAUAUUGUACUGCUCCCCACAUUAAAUUCACCACUACAUGACACUUCCGUAUCCAUCUUCUUCAUCUGCCUAAACUUUUCUCUCUAACUCUCUCUCUCUCUUUCGUUAGUACUACAUUUUCUCAUAAAAGAGCCUCUUCUAAAGAUAUAGUAGUCCUUUCCUUACUCCUUCUCCUCACCAAUAUAUUAUCGUUUUGAUCAACAUAUAUAUAGAAAAAAAUGGGACACCACUCAUGCUGCAACAAACAGAAGGUGAAGAGAGGGCUAUGGUCCCCAGAGGAAGAUGAGAAACUCAUCAACUACAUUUCAACCUAUGGUCACGGUUGUUGGAGCUCUGUUCCAAAACUUGCAGGCCUACAAAGAUGCGGAAAGAGUUGCAGACUAAGAUGGAUAAAUUAUCUGAGGCCUGACCUAAAACGUGGGAGCUUCUCACCCCAAGAAGCUGCCCUCAUCAUUGAACUCCAUAGCAUUCUAGGCAACAGAUGGGCUCAAAUAGCGAAGCACCUACCAGGAAGAACAGAUAACGAGGUGAAGAACUUUUGGAACUCAAGCAUAAAAAAGAAGCUCUUGGCCCACGACCAUCAUCAUCAUCAUCAUAUCAUUCCAGCUGCAGCUUUAAGCUCCUUCUCUGAUCACAUUCAUUUCCCUGCCACAAUGACUUCCGCUUGUUCUGGCGAUCAUCAUCAUCAUGAAGCUGCUGGUUUCUUUACUUUCACCGCUGGAAACCCUAAUAACAACAUGAUCCUCACCUCUCAAUCACAACCGCACCAUGAACAACAGCUAUACAUGCCCAUUAAUCCAGCGGCGCCGCCGUCACUCAUGGGGACUCAAGGAUUGUUCUACCACCACAAUAACAAUAAUGCCAUUCAUGACCUUUCACCUCCCACCAGCAGCAACAUUAAUCAUCUAUCAUCAACCACACUCAAUUAUGAUUCGUCAUUGAUGUCGUUUUUAGGCUAUCAACCUGCUCCAGCCCUUGAGACGUCAUUCGAUCAAAAUUUAAGCGCUCAAGAUAUUAAUUAUAAUCACGUAGAGGACAAGCCUGAGCUUAUCAUCGAUCCGAGCAUGAUGAUAUUAUCAGCUUAUGAGAACGCGUUAAUGGCGGCUCCCACGUCCAUGCCAAAACUAUGUGAUGAUAUGAUUGACAUUGGUAACUUGUGUUCCACGGCACCUACAUUUUCGUCCUCUCCACAGGCCGAAGUAGUACUUCGUAACCAGUCAUCUGCUGCUUCAAAAGCUGUACUCUCAAGUUUCCAGGAUUCUUGCGUGCCAAAUAUUACCAGUCAAACGUCCGAGUACAUUGAUGCCAUGAUCAUGCCGUCGCUACCUUUAUCUUCAUCUUCAUCGUCUUUGUCGUCUCCGUCCUCAUGCAUAUCAGCAUUGUCAACGCCAUUACCUAACGGUCAAUUCGUGAACCAGCUUAGCUAAACUUUGCUAAUAUUAUAUAUAAAUAUAUAUAUAUGUAUAAUUUACAUUAUUGUGGCAGUAGUACAAGAAGAAAUCAUUUUGGAAUGUUAAAGUAUUUUUUAUGUAUGGAAUUCUAUGAAUAUGUUUGCAUGGAUUUAUGAAUAGCACAGUGCAAUAAUAUUUGUUCAUGUCC